AAGAAAAUUGGUAUAUCAAGGCAAAACUUCUUUUUCAAGAGGGUACUUGGACUAUUAUGAAAUUAAUAAGUAUACUAUUUUUAUUAAUAUUUUCACCGAUACUAUGCCAUUGCAGUAAAGGCAAAAGAUUAACUGAAAUUCAUCGAAUUGUCGUUGUGGGCGAUAUCCAUGGCGACUCAGAUAAUUUUAGAAAAAUAUUGAAAUUUUCUAACCUCAUUCAUGAAGAGAUUAAUGAAAAUGAUGAAAUUGGUGUUAUUUGGAACCCUAAACAUGAGUAUAUAGGCAUUCCUUUGCGUACUACUUUCAUUCAAAUGGGUGACUUAAUAGAUCGUGGUCAAGACGAUCGGGAUUGUCUAAAUAUUGCAUUUUCGCUUUAUGAACAAGUGAGCUCAAGUGCCCAUCAUGAUCAAGUGGUCCUGCUUAUUGGAAAUCAUGAACUACUUAAUCUUCAGGGAAGUUAUCAUUAUGUAAACCCAAAUGGUUUAGGAGGUUUUCUUUCUAGGUCAUUGCGGAACCUGGCCUUUAGCCCCAAAGGACCCUAUGGACGUUUUAUUAUUGAUCAUUUCAAAGCAGUUCAUGUUGAAGAAAAUAUGAUCUUUGUACACGCUGGGUUUUCACAAAGCAGCCAGUAUGAACCCAUGAGCGAAAAUGAACUCAAUAAAUUGGUUCAAAAAUCACUCAAUGAACGAAAGUAUAGCAUACCUAGUCUCGGUAGUGAAGGGUUUCUCUGGACCCGAGAAAUGAUUUUUGAUGCGAUGAAAGGUCAUUGCGACACUGUAGAUCUUGUCAUCACUAAAUUUAACGCAAAACGAAUCAUUAUUGGACACACACCCCAACAGAGUGGAAGCAUUGGAGUAUUUUGUGGAGGCAAGCUUCUUGCUGUAGAUGUAGGAAUCAGCCGUUGGCUGUAUAACAACCUAGCGGCUCUUGAGAUUCUUAUUUAUCGAUACAAAAGUGAUGAUGGAACGCUUGUGGAAGAUGAAAUUUUAUGGGAGGUCAAUGAAACUUCUCGGAGGAGGCUUAACAUCAUUGGGCAAAAAGAGCACAUUGAUGUGAAUCCUUCUUACGCAUUUGACGGAGAUUUCUUUCAUCACUAUUAUUAA